AUGAUCCGGACACAAUGCUUACAGGUGCUGGGUAUAAUUCGUGCAGAAGAGGAGACAGACAGCGCGAUCCCAUUUGGAGCAUUGAGCAUCCUGCUCAUCGCUGAUUUUCACCAAUUUGGACCGAUCGGUAACAUCAAAAAAACCCUUUUUGUGCACCUUCCUCCAAAUCAGAAAUGCGAGCUGGGACAUCAUUUGUUUGAACAGUUCCAUAUCAUCAUCUGUCUUCGUCAGCAAAUGCGGAUAGAAGAUACGGUCUGGGAAGGUAUACUGCAUCGCGCAUGGGAUGGAGAAUGUACCGCUGGUGAUCUGCAAGAAAUACAGAACCUAGUUAUCACUAAUGAUGCUUGUUGCGUUCCUGAUUUCAAUUCUUCUCCCUGGAACGAUGCAGUGUUGGUCACUCCAUGGAACAGUGUGCGGAAUAGGUGGAAUACAUUAUCGGUGAUGAAGCACUGCAAAUUCAGCGGCUCGCUAUUGUAUAUCGCUUCAGCAGAGGAUACAUCCAAAGGUCUUCCAUUAUUGAUGCAGCAGCGGCUUGCAACCACAAAGCUAUCUCUCGAUGAAACCCAGCACUUGCCGAUACAGAUUCAACUUGCAAUAGGCAUGAAGGUGAUGGUUACCGAAAACAUCGCUACCGGAGCAAAUCUGGCCAACGGCUCGCGCAGAACUAUUGUUGAUAUCUUGCUGGACUCUUGA